AACGCUGGAUCGAUCGUGCUCUCAUAACCGAUGAACGAGAGAUCGUUGAUCGACUCGCGUUUUUACCUAUUCCUUUUCAACCCCUUUCGACGAAGACGUCCAAAGAUAUGCCUGAAACACGAAAAAGAAGUUACAACCCUGACUCGAGUAUGAUCUUUACGACUGUUUUCACGGGUGUAAGAACACGAGAGGGAUUGCGUAAGAGAAGAAUCUGCGGCAUCGUAGAAACGAAUCCCUCCCCUACCUCCUUGGGAUCUUCUCUUUCUCCGUUCGUCCGGUGUGGGAGCCCCGGAAAAGAGGGGCUCUCAAGAACCCCCCCUUGUUUCUGCUCGAUCUCUAAAGCCAUAUAUAUACCACCACUUCGUGGUAGCAUCCUUCGAGAAAGAAACUUUGCCCGUAACACCGUGGAGACCGAACUUGCAGGCGGAGGUCCAGCGGAUCGGGACCGGUGAGUGCAUUGUGCCAAGAUCCGAAAUCGAAACUCAUCCUAAGAUAAAUGAACACCACGUGGAAGGACACUGCGGAUUAAGGUGAUUGGAUCUUUUACGAAACGAUGAUUUCGCGGUACCAAGUUUUGUGCGCGCUACUCCUAUUAGGCGCUGUUUUGCUGUACCAAGCGAUGGCGCAAGUAGACGGCUAUACACCUGGCGUGGAUUAUCCGAUCUACGACUCGGUACCUUUCGGCCUUACGUUUACCUGCGGGGGCAAGUUGCCUGGUUACUAUGCCGAUCCUGAAGCUAGAUGUCAGGUCUGGCAUUGGUGUUUGCCAAAUGGGCGUCAGUUCAGCUUCCUCUGUCCAAACGGCACAGUUUUCAGCCAAUCGGCCCGUGUCUGCGAUUGGUGGUUCAAGGUUGAUUGCAACGACUCGCCGAGAUUGUACGGUAUCAACGACGACCUGUACAGGGAUGUGAACGGGAACAAGAUCUAACGCUCCGAUUCUAAAAUCUGUGAACAUUUAAACGCGUGUUAACAAAGAGUAUAUUUCUGUGUACAGUUUCUUCGAGACAAGAGAGUAUUUCAAUAGAAGCGUCGUAUUUCGUCCAACGAGUUGUGAGUUCCUAGCUUGCCGGCAGAGAAACGCGUGAACAGAACGCUGUAAUAUUCUCAGACGCUAAAUCACACGACGACGAUCGAUCGCUGCAGGCUGAUCGAACUUUUAGCUAGGUAGAAUUUCAUCGCAGGUGCUGAUCACUUCCAUAGAACGAUGAAAAAUCUCUGUAUCUUCCCACAAACCAUCCGAAUAGUUCUAACCGCCUUAUAACAGAUUCGAUUCUUCAAUAAAGAACAACAAAUGCAUUAA